GCAAGUCCAGUAGUCACCAGCCCUCACGUCAUGUUCCGCUCCCGCUUAAGUCGUGUGUCUCCUCAGCCCGACUCUUCGGACGCACUUCGGUCUUUGCCAUUAGAUUCAAUAAUCUUCAAAUUAUCAUUACAGCUAACUUCUCUGUCAGAAUUGGUACAUGUAUUUUACAGAUAAACGACACGAGACGACUGGCAAACCGAAACCACUUCAAUACGAGCUUCAAGACUGGCGCCAGCGAGACAGACUCAAGACUGUGUCUGCUGCCCUCGCGGUCUGCUUAAACAUUGGCGUCGAGCCGCCGGAUCAACUCAAGACGAACCCAGGUGCCAAGCUUGAAGCAUGGACUGACCCGACCGUACCACCCAUUCAGAAAGCCCUUGAGAACAUUGGGAAAGCACUCCAAGCCCAGUACGAAACGCUGGCGAUUAGAGCACGCUAUAAACAAUACCUGGACCCAUCGGUGGAGGAAACCAAGAAGUUCUGUAUUUCAUUGCGUCGAAACGCCAAAGACGAGCGUGUUCUGCUGCAUUAUAACGGUCACGGAGUCCCCAAGCCCACCGCAUCUGGAGAGAUUUGGGUUUUCAACAAAAACUACACGCAGUAUAUCCCCGUAUCACUGUAUGACUUGCAACAUUGGCUACAAGCUCCCACGAUCUUUGUGUGGGACUGCUCGGAGGCGGGUAACAUUCUCAACAACUAUCAUCGGUUCGUCGAGAAGCACGAGGAGGAAGAGGAGGAAGCGGCGGAGCGCGACCCCAACUACGUGAAGACGAACUUCAGGCCGUACAUCCACUUAGCUGCUUGUGCAGUCAAGGAAAAUCUCCCAACUAAUCCCCUCCUACCCGCCGACCUUUUUACUGCUUGCCUCACGACCCCAAUCGAGAUGGCACUUUGGUUCUUCGUCCUUCAAAAUCCGUUAAAGACGAACGUCAGCCCGGAGCGGGCAAAAAAGCUACCUGGUCGCCUUCAGGAAAGACGCACGCCGCUGGGUGAGCUAAAUUGGAUCUUUACAGCCAUCACAGACAGUAUCGCAUGGACGACGCUGCCCCGGGAUCUCUUCCGGAAGUUCUUCCGUCAAGACCUCAUGGUGGCGGCCUUGUUCCGAAACUUUCUCCUUGCUCAGCGCGUUAUGACUGUCUAUGGCUGCCAUCCUCAGUCGUACCCUGCGCUCCCCGAUACUCACCAGCAUCCUUUGUGGGAGACUUGGGAUCUGGCUGUCGAUAUGGCUUUGGCCCAGUUGCCCAUGCUGGAGAAGAAAGAGAACGAAGGACUCGACUACGAGUACCAGAACUCGACCUUCUUCACUGAGCAGCUCACGGCUUUCGAUGUCUAUCUCACCAGAGGUGACGCUAUGGCCCAGAAAUCCCCAGAUCAGCUACCCGUCGUGCUCCAAGUACUCCUCAGCCAACAGCAUCGAGUACGCGCGCUUAUCCUUCUGGGCAGGUUCCUGGAUCUCGGCCCGUGGUCAGUUCAACUUGCUCUCAGCAUCGGUAUCUUCCCCUACGUUUUGAAAUUGCUCCAAUCCGCAGCGGCAGAGUUGAAACCUGUCAUGGUUUUCAUCUGGGCCCGGCUCAUCGCCGUGGACAUUUCUUGCCAACAGGAUCUUAUCAAGGACAGUGGCUACAGCUACUUUGCCCAAAUCCUCAAGCCCUCUGAGGGACUGCCCGUCGUCGACAGCGAUGAGCACAAGGCCAUGUGUGCCUUCAUUCUCGCCAUGCUAUGCAAGGACUACAAGAAUGGCCAGAUGGUUUGUAACCAGACAGACAUCAUGUCAUACUGCCUGACCCACCUUCAGAACGAAGAGAACCCGCUUCUUCGACAGUGGGCAUGUCUCUGCAUCAGCCAGCUGUGGCAGGAUCUGCCCGAGGCAAAGUGGCGCGGGAUCCGGGAGAACGCAUACGUGAAACUUGCCUACUUGAACAAGGACCCGUGCUGCGAGGUGCGAGCUGCCAUGGUUCACGCCAUGACAACUUUCCUCGGCAUUCCUGAUCUCACAGACGAGGUUGCUCGCAUCGAAGAGUCAAUUGCAUGGGCAAUCCUCGACAUGGGCAACGAUGGAAGCCCUAUGGUCCGAAAGGAGUUCGUCGUCUUCUUGUCGCACUUUGCUGUUCGUUUCGAGAACAAGUUUAUGGUUGCAGCCUACGAGCAACUUGUGGAGGAGAAGGAAUACCUCCUCUUCCCGCCUAGGGAUGACGGCCAAGAGCACAAGAUGGGACUGCACUACGCGAGACCGGACAGCCGAAAUAAGGACGGCAGCAUCAAGCCUACUGCCCAUGGUCUGUCCCACAAUACUGUUUACAUGGCAUUGUGGAAGCUGGCGCUUGUCCUCAGCGUGGAUCCCCACCCCGAGGUGCAACGUGAGGCCACUGUCGUUGUUGAUUAUGUGCACAACGCGCUCCUCAGCUCAAGCGCCGGAGCUCCAGCGCAAUUGGUGAUGAGCGAGAUUCAGAGGCGGGCGAGCCGGAUGGCAAAUAGGAAUGCUCCUAGCGCUAGUCAGCGCAACAGCCUCAUGGGCACACCCAAUACACAGCCAUUGCCAUCCCCUGGGUUGCUGCGCAGGACUGCCAGCCUUUUGUUCCAAUCCUUCAUUGGAGCUGAGGACAAGUCGAGGCCAACGACACCAACGUCCCCGGCACUUCCCAGGUCACCUUCUAUGAAGUUGACACCGGGCCAACUGACUGCUCCCCCUGAGCAGAACGACCAGUCGACGCCAUUCUCGCAAUACCACGUUGCGCAUGAGCCUAUGUCAGGAGCCUACAAGCAACGUGACCUGACAAAAUCCCCCACCCUGCCUCUGAAGAGCAGGUUCCUCGAAUGGUCCAUUGAGUACUUUCGCGAGCCGCAAAUGAAGCCGAGCGAGGCCGAUGAGCCCGGUAGCACCGAGUACAACGAGCGUCUCUGGCGAAGAGCCCGGAACGAGAACAUCCUACGAGAAACACAGCCAAUGAAGCAGCAAGCCGGUAGUCAUAAGUGGACUAACCAGCUAGGCAUUGUCAACAACGGCGCUCAGCCUGCCAAGAUGACAUUUCAUCAGUUUGAAGAUCAUCUAGCCGUGGCUGACGACGGAAACACGGUGUACGUAUGGGAUUGGAAAAAGCAGGGCCGCUUGAGCCGAUUCAGCAACGGAAACCCCGAGGGAUCAAGGAUCAGUGACAUGAAGUUCAUCAACGAAGACGACCAAGCAUUCCUCCUUACUGGGUCCUCAGACGGAGUGAUCCGCGUAUAUCGCAACUACGAUUCCGAUGCUGAGUUAGAGCUCGCCUCGUCCUGGCGUGCCCUGACACACAUGAUCCCAAGCAAUGUCAAUUCGGGCAUGGUGUUUGAUUGGCAGCAAGUGGCUGGCCGAGUCCUUGUUGCUGGAGACGUCCGAGUGAUUCGGGUGUGGUACGCAGCGUACGAGACUUGUAUCAUGGACAUUCCGGCACGGUCAGGGUCCUGUGUCACGUCGUUGACGUCGGAUCAGAUGACGGGUAACAUGUUUGUUGCCGGCUUCGGCGACGGAGCCGUGCGAGUAUUCGAUACUCGCAACAGACCGCAGGAGUCGAUGGUGCGCAAGUGGAAGGAUGAGUCAGACAGGCAAUGGAUCAAGAGUGUGCACAUGCAGCGUGGUGGUCAGCGAGAGCUACUGAGCGCCAGCCGUAAUGGCAAGGUCAAGGUGUGGGAUAUCCGAAUGGACAAACCCUUGCACUCGUUCCAGACAACUCGGGACACGCUCCGCACGGCCAGCACGCAUGAACACCUCCCGGUAUUCGCAGUGGGAACAUCAGCCCACACGGUCAAGGUCUUCAAUUUGGAUGGAAAUCAGCUUUCUUCCGUCGAGCCGUACUCGAGCUUCCUUCAACAGAGCAGAAGCUCGCCAAUCUCGGCGACAGCGUUCCAUCCACACCGACCCAUCUUAGGUUGCGCUGCACGGGGCGACCACCAUAUCAACCUUUUUACUUGCGAGAAGUCGGAGCCAUUGCACCUUGGUUAGGGCUCUUGGAGCAGUACUUUUGGCUUCUGACCUGGAUAGAUGGAGAACGGUGUCCGAUUAAUAUGCACACCGUCGAGACGGGGAAAUCGGGAAUGAACAGCGCCCGCGUUGCAUAUCAUAUCAUCGGCGUGUUU